AUGAGUGUCCGUAUUGCCUCCUCCGUCCGUAGAGUGGCCCGCCUCCACACCGCGGGUGUUAACCGACGCUGGCCGUCCAGCUUUAGCUCGGCGGGCUUGGCCCGAGCAUUCUCAACAACACAGCACCGCGACGCAACAUGGGGGUUCGUGGGAUUGGGCCAGAUGGGGUAUAACAUGGCCAAGAACCUGCGGGCCAAGAUCCCCGCUUCUGAUACGCUGAUCGUCCGCGACGUCAACGAGGAGGCCGCAAAGCGGUUUGUCGCGGAGGCUCAGGAGGCCGCUCGGAGUAACGGUGCUGGCGCCGACGAGGGCCGAGUCGAGAUCGCUGAGAAUGCCCGCGAAGUCGCGGAGAAGUCGACUGUGAUGAUUACCAGUCUGCCCGAGUCGCAGCAUGUCAUCGAGGUGUACCACUCGAUUCUCAAACAAGGAGAGCUUCCUGCGCUGGAAGAAGAGCGUCUGUUCAUCGAUACGUCGACUAUUGAUCCUGUGACGUCAAAGGAUAUUGCGGCUGCCAUCCAAACCACUCAGACUGGCCGAUUCGUGGAUGCCCCAGUCUCUGGGGGUGUAGUGGGUGCACGGGCAGGCACGCUGUCAUUCAUGUUCGGUGCUUCCUCGCAAUCCGAUCAGUUCCUGGAGCGUGUACGGGGAGUCCUCGCUUUCAUGGGGAAAAAGGCCUGGCAUCUCGGUGAGCCAGGGGCUGGUGUGUCGGGCAAGCUGGCGAACAAUUACAUGCUGGCCAUCAACAAUAUUGCCACGGCCGAGGCGAUGAACCUGGGUAUCCGCUGGGGACUUGACCCUAAGAACUUGGCCGAUAUGAUCAAUUCCUCCACGGGACGCUGCUGGCCCUCCGAGGUCAACAACCCAGUGCCUGGGGUAAUUGAGACAGCUCCGGCUUCUCGUGGAUACGAGGGAGGCUUUGGGGUUAGCCUCAUGAACAAGGACCUGCGUCUGGCCCUCACUGCUGCUGAGAAGUCUGGUACUCCUCUGGCUUUGGGUAAUCAAGCUCGGGAGGUUUACAAUGCAGUUGAGGAAGCCCAUCGGGGCAAGGACUUCUCGGUUGUUUAUCAGUGGCUGAAGGGCAAGUCUGUUCCUCAAUAG